UCUAACCCUGUACCAAUGCAUUCUACUAAUACUAAUACUAGUUGUUUCAAGUAUAGAGAUUAUGGAUAUAUAGAAAGAGAAUGUUCUAUGUGGUUAAAAAGAACUUCUAAUAAUAAUAAUGGUAGGGCCCAG